CCUCACUCCUGUGUGUGCAUUUUCAUUUCACCAGCGUGCAUCUCCCGUGCGUCUCCUAAGCAAUGCUGUACACCCAAACGCGAAUGCAUCUUUACGCACGACGAUGUGACUGUAGAAAAACGACUAAGGGACCCUUGGAUUGUGAAUUCUGUAAUUCUGACAUGCGUGACUUAUUUUGGAUACGGUAUCGAAACUAUUUGGAGGACCCGUGUUAAAGGGGGGUGCUAUCAGAGGACAUAAAUGUGGCCAAGGGAGUUACGCGCAAACUAACUCUGCUCAGCGCACCCCAUCUCGGCUGUGUCGGAAGGAAGAGGGUGCAAAAAAGAACAAAAUGGUACAAACGGACAAAUUCAAGACAGAAUGGAUUUAACCCAGUUAAAUCCGUUGAUAGAAAACGUCUCCAACGAUGAGAACACCACGGACGCACCGCUCGCCUUUCCACACACGGAGGCAGCCGCUGCGCUCAUCAUCCUGGUGGUGACGGUGAUCAUACUGGUGACCAUUGUCGGGAAUGUGCUGGUGAUAGUUGCGGUGCUGACCAGCCGGGCACUGCGCGCGCCCCAGAACCUUUUUCUGGUCUCGCUGGCAUCAGCAGACAUCCUGGUGGCCACACUGGUCAUCCCCUUCUCACUCGCCAAUGAAGUUAUGGGCUACUGGUACUUCGGCAGUACUUGGUGCGCAUUUUACCUGGCACUGGACGUGCUGUUUUGUACGUCGUCCAUCGUGCACCUGUGCGCCAUCAGCCUGGACCGCUACUGGUCAGUCACUAAGGCAGUCAGCUACAACCUGAAGAGAACACCUAAACGCAUCAAGUCCAUGAUCGCUGUUGUUUGGGUCAUAUCUGCUGUCAUCUCCUUCCCUCCUCUUCUCAUGACCAAACAUGAUGAGCGGGAGUGCCUCUUAAAUGAUGAAACCUGGUACAUCCUCUCCUCCUGUCUGGUGUCCUUCUUCGCUCCUGGUCUCAUUAUGAUAUUGGUUUAUUGUAAAAUCUAUAAAGUAGCCAAGCAGCGCUCCUCCACGGUGUUUGUGGCCAAGAACGGACUGGAGAGGCAGCCCUCCCAGUCGGAGACCUGUUUUGUCAGGAAGGACCGGUUCGAGAUGGAGAGCCCAAGCAGCCAAAGCUCCGGGAGCCACCAGCAGAGGCAGGGGGAGCUGGACGACAUAGACCUGGAGGAGAGCUGCUGUCCGUCGGAUACUAAACCACGCAAUAAUCGUUUUACAAAGCGGAGGAAGGUGGAGGGCUCGGACUGCUGCCCCCCUCAGAACUGCCGCCUGUCCUGGGCUUCGGCCCGUGCGUCACAGCUCUACCCGGACCAGAAGAACCCAGCUGCAAGACAGCAGCUCGCCGCGGUCAACAAGACCAAAGUGGCCCAGAUGAGGGAGAAACGUUUUACUUUCGUGCUGGCGGUGGUGAUGGGAGUUUUUGUGCUCUGCUGGUUCCCCUUUUUCUUCACUUACAGCCUGCAUGCUAUCUGCAGAGACAGCUGCUACAUUCCUGGCGCACUUUUCAACCUUUUCUUUUGGAUUGGUUACUGCAACAGUUCAGUGAAUCCUAUAAUAUACACCAUUUUCAACAGGGAUUUCAGAAAAGCCUUCAAGAAAAUUGUAUGCAGAACUAAACGCACUUAAAACCAGUGACAAUAGCUCCUGAGAUGAGUCUGCUGUGCCUGUCUCCUUAUCAACAGUGCUGGGAUGAAAUAUAUAAUUCUAAGUGAUACUCCCUGAUUAUUUGUCCUCCCCAGAAUGAUUUCAUUGUAUCUAAUAUAUUAAUGGUCCAGUGUUGUGUACAAAUCUUAAUGUCUAUGAAUAAAUGUGUAGGUGAGUAAAACAACA